CAUUAUUGGUGGUAUAUAAAAUGCAUUGCAUUUUAGACACAUUUCUUUCUGCAUUCAUGGUGCAAGUUCUACUUUCUUUUUAACACUUUUUUGCAAAAUGCACUGAAGCAGAAACCACACCCUCCCAAAGAUCGGGUGGAUAGAUCAUAGGGUCGCAUCCUUACCCCAAGAAUGACGCAUGCGUAGUAGCCACCCCGGAUUUGACAACCCUCGGAUCCACCACACAGCCCCACUAUAUUGCCAAGCUCUCCGCUCGUAGCGCAUCAACAACUGCACCUGCCGACAAAUCUGUUGCGGUCGCAGCGCUGGGAGGGGUCAUUAUCUCGCAGGAAAUCGUCGGAGGAGUGGGAGGAGAAGGCCUUUCCCCAGACGCCGACAGAAACGUGUAGCCAUAUCUUCAGCACCACGGCGUUGAGGAAAGCGUCCACGUUUGACUCGAGCUGCACUUUGUACUCUCGACUCUGCUAAGCAGGUGGGCAGUUACAUUUGUGGGAAUACCCAGUGUGAACAAGCGCUGCAUAGACUUCGUGGACUUCCAGGAAGUGUCAUCUUAUACCUUUAACGAAACCAUGACGACAGCCACGUCCCCCAUCCUGCUGGAAUGGGACCCUAAGAGUCUUGAAAUCCGCACCCUGACUGUGGAGAGACUUUUGGAACCUCUGGUCACACAGGUGACCACCCUGGUGAACACAAGCAACAAAGGGCCGUCCAGUAAGAAAAAGGGACGUUCAAAGAAGGCCCACGUGUUGGCUGUAUCUGUGGAGCAGGCCACCCAGAACUUUCUGGAGAAGGGUGAGCAGAUUGCCAAAGACAGUCAGGACCUCAAGGAAGAACUUAUUGCUGCUGUGGAGGAUGUUCGCAAACAAGGGGAGACCAUGCGCAUUGCCUCAUCAGAGUUCGCCGAUGACCCGUGUUCCUCCGUGAAACGUGGCACGAUGGUGAGGGCGGCCCGCGCCUUGCUCUCUGCCGUUACCCGCUUGCUCAUCCUGGCUGACAUGGCCGACGUCAUGCGUCUGCUGUCCCACCUUAAAAUUGUAGAGGAAGCCCUGGAGGGUGUGAAGAAUGCCACUAAUGAACAGGACCUGGCCAACCGCUUCAAGGAGUUUGGAAAGGAGAUGGUGAAGCUCAACUAUGUGGCAGCUCGGAGACAGCAGGAACUUAAAGAUCCCCAGUGUAGAGAUGAGAUGGCAGCAGCACGUGGGGCUCUGAAGAAAAAUGCCACCAUGCUGUACACGGCCUCGCAGGCUUUUCUGCGUCAUCCAGAUGUGGCGGCCACACGUGCCAACCGAGACUACGUGUUCAAGCAGGUGCAGGAAGCCAUAGGGGGCAUUUCCAGUGCUGCUCAGGCCACCUCACCCACUGAUGAGAAACACGGCCACGCUGGGAUUGGGGAACUGGCUGCUGCCCUCAAUGAAUUUGAUAACAAGAUAAUCUUGGACCCUUUAACAUUCAGCGAGGCGCGUUUCCGACCUUCUCUGGAAGAACGUCUGGAAAGCAUCAUCAGCGGUGCCGCUCUGAUGGCCGACUCCUCGUGCACACGUGACGACCGCCGUGAACGCAUCGUGGCCGAGUGCAACGCUGUUCGACAGGCUCUCCAGGACUUGUUGAGCGAGUACAUGAACAAUACUGGCAGAAAAGAGAAAGGUGACCCACUGAACUCAGCCAUCGAUAAAAUGACCAAAAAGACCAGGGACCUGCGCAGACAGCUGAGGAAGGCAGUGAUGGACCACAUUUCAGACUCUUUCCUGGAGACCAACGUCCCACUCCUGGUGCUCAUUGAAGCGGCAAAGAGCGGAAAUGAGAAGGAGGUCAAGGAGUAUGCCCAGGUGUUCCGUGAACAUGCCAACAAACUGGUUGAGGUGGCCAAUUUGGCGUGCUCCAUCUCCAACAACGAAGAGGGCGUGAAGUUGGUCCGUAUGGCUGCCACACAGAUCGACAGUUUAUGCCCCCAGGUUAUCAACGCCGCGCUCACUCUGGCUGCACGGCCCCAAAGCAAAGUAGCCCAGGACAACAUGGAUGUUUUCAAGGAUCAGUGGGAGAAGCAGGUUCGCAUUCUGACCGAGGCGGUGGAUGACAUCACCUCGGUCGAUGAUUUCCUUUCUGUGUCAGAGAACCACAUCCUUGAGGACGUCAACAAAUGUGUAAUUGCUCUCCAAGAGGGAGACGUGGACACUCUCGACCGUACUGCUGGAGCCAUCCGGGGACGAGCCGCUCGCGUGGUUCACAUCAUUAACGCUGAGAUGGAAAACUAUGAACCAGGCGUCUACACGGAACGUGUGUUGGAGUCAAUCAAGCUUCUGUCUGAGACCGUUAUGCCCCGCUUUGCUGAACAAGUGGAGGUGGCAAUUGAGGCAUUGAGUACCAACCCCCCACAGGCGUUUGAGGAGAAUGAGUUCAUCGAUGCAUCCCGUCUGGUGUAUGAUGGCGUCCGUGACAUUAGGAAAGCCGUCCUCAUGAUACGGGUCACCACCGCCCAACGUUACGACACCUCUGGUUCUUGUAAAGCUCCGUGGUGAUACAUUACAGGGCAGAUAAUAGAUUCAGCACAACUCUACCCAGCACAUUGACUUCAUUACUACACUCGGCCAGGACCUGCCAUCAACAUGUACUGGGUGUGUGGUUGAAGUUCAUCCCAGUGACCCACGUACAUUUAAUUUAAUCAUUGUGAUUAAAUGGUAUGUGGAUAAAAUACCUUCCAGUGCUGAUUAAAAGUACAACUGGAUCACAUUGAGGUAAUAAAACGUCAGCUCAAAAGUUGUAGUAAUGAUGACUUUACACCUGUACAUGUUUUGAUCCAUCCUCUGCUCUGCAGCAGGGUAACCAUCCGUGCAGUUGCCAUGGUGAUGGCAGCCCAGUUAGAGCUGAAGCUGCAGAAAUCAACCAUUCUAGGUGGAAGGAAACUUGUUAAGCCACUGAUCCUAAUUUGAAAGACACUCCUGUGAGGUCUUUGUAGCCAAAUAUGCAGUUGAUGUUGACGCAGCAACGAUUCCCACGAAUGUCAGACAGCAGAAAUCAGCUUUGAGGACAAAGUUAAAAUCUGAUUGGACAGCUUUGUGAUGCAUGUGCAUGUUUUUUUAGUUCUUAUUGCCCUGUGUUUGACCUCCACUCAUUUGUAUGUCAGCACACACUGUUUGGAAUUAAGUAUGUCAUCCAGUAAUGUCCUUCGCAAGAAAUGAAUUUCAUUUAUAAAUCAAUAUCUGUGCCAAGUUUAGAUCAGACCGGCUCAGCUGCUAAGGUCCUCUGAUUGAAUCUCUAUCUCACUUAUUAAAAAAAGACUCAGCUGUGUCCACAGCAGCAAAGAAGAAGUUUCAUCAGCCUUUAUUGUCCAUAUGCAAAUAAUUAAAUACAACAUUUGUCAUCUGCGUGUAACCCCAUUUCUGGGCAGCAGUGGGCAGUUUCUGCAGCAUCUGGGCGCAAGGCAUUUGGUGCUCAACAUAGCAAUACAGCCAAGGUGGGAUUCGAACCAAGAGGCUCCUUAUGUUCUUCCUAGGUUAGACCAAUCACAGCUCACUCUGUUUAUCUGUAUAGUGUUUCACUGUGGCUUGGUUCACUGUAUGAUUGUUUGUUCUUCCGUCCUUGAAACACUUUCCUGGUUGAUUUCUUACAUAAAAAAACAAGUCAGCCUCAGUCCAAAGCCAACCCACUCAGGUGUCCAAGGGUACAAUUAGGUCAUAAAGGUAAAAAACACCAUUGUACUGCACUUAUUUGGAACAUAGCACGGGUGGCAAAUACGUUGGUUAGAAUAUACUGCAAUAAUCUUACAAGAGCAUCUUACACUCGUAUUGAGCGAGUUAUUACAAAUUGCACUUAACAAUACUCAAAAAGCAGUGUCUGUUCCUCGGGGUUUGCUAUCGCAACGUAAUUACCAUAGAAAGAAAACAUUUCUCCCGGCGCUCAUACAGAGCUCUUUCUAAUGGUGUGUUUGUCCGAGAAAUAGUUACUUUUGAAUGGAUUGUUAUUAAACGAGGCUGCGUACACUAUCAAUAAGUCCAGAGAAAUAUUCCUCUCUACAGCUACUGACUGUGCUAUUUGGAACAUAGAAAACCAAUGAAGCAUCCUGGGCUGCUGAAAAGCUAAAUGAGUUUAUGGACAGGAAGAAGUUGCAAUGGAUUCUCAAGGCAUCGUAAUUCUGAACCGGCAAAUGUUCAGUUUAAUGAGGAGAUUUAAUGAACUUAUAACAGAAAGAAAGAAAAUCAGGAUUUAAUAAAAGUUUGAGAGGAAUAUCAUCACAGUGAAAUUGGAUUUAUUUAAAUGUGCUGUGUUGUCUUCUUAUUUACAAACAAAUUAUGUAAAUUAUUCCUGCAAUAAUUUUUGUAGAUAAGGUCGCCGUGUUUAGGAUGUGAACUCCUUAAGGGAGUGCUUUUGCAGUAAAGAUAUAGAAAAACAAGCACAUUUUGUUUAGUGUCAGUGCAGCUGACUUGGAUUGAUGGUAAAGUUGCUUUGAAGAUAAUGUCAUCUUUUUAACUUAACAGUCUAACAAAAAGUUUUGCUCCCAGAUAUAGAAACCCAUUGACACACCGUACCCUCCUGGGUAAACCCACCCUGCAUUAACAUGCCUUAGGAAGUCAACAAGGCAGCUUCUCACAUCACCUAGAGAUAGGUGUGUCUGUUUCCUUUUACCUGCUGUGUUUGCUGGGUGGUAAUCAGUGUGAUCACACUUACCUGUGUCUCUGACGUUGAUCUCACUCAUGUCACCUGGUGGCCUGGGUGUGUUUAUGUACCUCUCUCCCUCACUCAGUUGUUGUUCUGUUGUGUUCAGGUUAUUUGGUGCUGUUCUGUGUGUUCUGUGUCUGUGCUUCAUGUUUGUAGUUCAUGACCGUUGGUGUUCUUGCCCUUUGAUGUCCAGUAGAACAGCAGUAAGUUUGUGUGUGUUUGCACUUUAUAAAUAAACUUGCUGCACCUAAAGAGACUGCGUUUUGCUCCCGCCUGCUUCCUGACAUGUCAGCACGUAACAG